AUGUCUCCCGAUCUCGCGGCUGCCUCGGAUCCCUCUACACCCACCCAGUCCGGCCAAGACGCCUCUUCGCCCGUCUCGUCGCGCACCACCCUUGCCGCCACCCCGCGCUCUCCCCCGCUCUCAUCGAUCGUCAAGAAGGGACUGCCGACCGUCCGGGUAUCUUCGUCGGCCGAUCUAGGCUCGCUUGCAUCCCACAAUAUGGCUGAUUUCGACGGCGGCGACAGCGGCGCCCUACCCUUUGCGGGGCAUCUCAGCGAGCGCUGGAGCAGCCACAGUGCCAGCAGCUCGCCCGAUGCAGAAGAGAGCCAGCCGCCCAGCAUGACCACCGGCUCCACCUCAGCCUCGGUCGAGAGCCUCGAGUCGCUCCAGGACGCCCACAACCGCAACCUCCUGAUGCGCAACGAGAAGCUCUACGCCCAGCUCAACUCGGCGUCUGGCAAGGGCGGCUUGGGUGCAAACGGUCCCAUUGCUCUUGGUGCCGCCUCGGUCCAGCCUCCUACCAGCUUCGACAGCAGCACCGACGGCGCCAAGCUCAUCCACUCCGAGUUUGGCUACUGCGCCAACCCAAACUACCGCUAUACGUCCGAGCACCGCGCCGGUGACCCGCUGCCGAACCCCGUCGAGGAGGAGCCGAGCUACAUCACCGUGCUCACCACCUACAUCAGCUACAUCAUCCUCAUCCUCAUUGGCCACAUGCGCGACUACACGGGCAAGCGGCUCUUCCCCAAGAGCUACCGCCACCUGAUGGAGCGCGAUGGCUACGCCGCGCUCAACUCGGACUUUGACAGCUUCUACACGCGGCGGCUCAAGGCGCGCCUCGACGACUGCUUCAGCCGGCCGGUGACUGGCGUCUGCGGUCGCACCGUCCUCACCCUGGACCGCGUCAGCGACGACUACUACCAGUCGUUCCGCUUCACUGGCGAAAAGACGCGCGCCCUCAACAUCAGCGCUUACAACUACCUCGGCUUCGCCCAGUCGCACGGCGGUUGCGCCGAUGCCGUCGAGGAGUCGCUGCAGCGCUACGGCAUCAGCAGCUACGGCAGCCGUCUCGGCAGCGGAAGCCUCGACCUGCACGAGCAGGCCGAGCAGCUGGUGGCCAAGUUUGUCGGCAAGCAGGAGGCCGUCCUGAUCAGCAUGGGCUUCGCGACCAACAGCACCACGAUCCCUGCCAUGGCCGGCCCGGGCACGCUGAUUAUUUCGGACGAGUACAACCACAGCUCGAUCCGCUUCGGCGCUCGCCUCAGCGGCGCCCACAUCCGCCAGUACAAGCACAACGACAUGAAGAAGCUCGAGGCGCUGCUGCGCGAGUGCAUCAGCCAGGGAAUGCCCCGCACCCACCGUCCCUGGAAGAAGAUCCUGCUCAUCGUCGAGGGCCUCUACUCGAUGGAGGGCACCCUGGUCAACCUGCCCGAGGUCAUCAGGCUCAAGGAAAAGUACAAGUUCCACCUCUACAUCGACGAGGCCCACUCGAUCGGCGCCAUCGGUCCCAACGGCCGCGGUGUCUGCGACUACUUUGGCAUCGACCCUGCCAAGGUCGACAUCCUUAUGGGCACGUUCACCAAGUCGUUUGGUGCUGCGGGAGGCUACAUUGCCGGCGACAAGUCCGUCAUCGACCGCAUCCGGCUGACGAACCACGCCAACGUUUAUGGCGAGACGCUGGCGCCUCCGGUGCUGACGCAGAUCAUUGCCUCGAUGGCCAGCAUCAUGGGCGUGGGCAACAAGGCCGAGGAGGCGGCGCUGCUGCCGUCCUGGGUCAAGCUGCCCCGGGCGCUGAUGGACGGCAGCGAGGGCCGGGAGCGGCUGCGCCGCCUGGCGUUCAACGCGCGCUACCUCAGCAGCGGCCUGCGCAAGCUCGGCUUCAUCGUCUACGGCCACCGCGACAGCCCGAUUGUGCCGGUUCUCAUCUUCCAGCCGGCCAAGAUGCCGCUGUUUUCGCGCAUGAUGCUCGACCGCCAGCAGUCGUUGCCGCCCUCGGAGCGGCUGGUGGUCGAGGAGUCGCAGCUUUCGCGCGAGCAGAUCAAGGCCAUGGACGACCCCGCCUCGCCGGACAAUAUGACCAACCCGGACGCGCGCCCUCCGAUUGUCGUCGUCGUCGUCGCCUACCCGGCCACGCCGCUGAUUUCGUCGCGGGUGCGUUUCUGCGUCAGCGCGGCGCACACCAAGAAGGACAUUGACGACGUGCUGCGGGCGUGCGACGAGGUGGGCAGCCUGCUCAAGAUGAAGUACGGCAGCGGCGGGCCAGGUGGACGGUGGGACGUCGAGACCGUCAUUGAGCGAUGCCUCGACCUGGUCCAGUGGAAUGGCGAGGACCCGAUCUAG